AUGGCGGAACACCGAGCCGGGACUGCCAGAGCCGCUGCCGUCGCAGCCCAGCUCCAACAGGAGGUGUCCCUCCUUCUGGAGCUCUACAAGAAAAAAGAGGACCUCCAUGUGGACGUGUCUGAGGUCCGGCUGGUGUCGGUUCCUCCUCCUUCCUCCCAGCUGGACAGCAGAGACAAACUCUGGCGCCUCCACUCUGCUCUGCUGCAGUGCCGCACGUUGCUGGAACGAGCCACAACCAAAGAAGACGAGGAGCUGGGUGGUAGAGAGAAGGGCAGGUAUGAAAAACAGAGGGAGGUGGUGAAGAACAGACUGUCGCUCCUCCUCAUCAACACUGCAGAGCUGCUCAAAGCUGCGGACGGCGCCGCCAUCUUGGCUCCAAACCUGGACGACUUUGAGGUAGAGCGUCUGAGCAAUCUGUUCGAGCUGAAGCUCUGGAUUUACCGGAUCUACAGAGAGGUGGAGCACUGGACCAGGACGGCUGUCGCCACCUUGAAGGAGCUGUCGUCCGACACGCCCAAAGAGCGAAAGAGGAUAACGCCGGCGACACGGAGCACGAGAAGCACGAGGAGAUGAGAUGGAGAUGUGAAGAGCAUGUGUGGGUGAUGAAGAGUGUGAG